UCAGUACAGUCAAUACAGGUGACUGAAAGACCUUGCACAUGUCAAGAGUUGAAAAUUGUAACUUAAAGCCAAUUUCACGGGUCUUAGAUUGCCAAUGUUACCGGUCUGUGAGCUCUACCGAAGUACCAAUCAAGUCUAGAGACCAACAUUCAUAAUCUGGAACACGAAGAGUGAUUGGAAGUCCAAAACCUCGGUCAAACAAGUACCAACGCAAAGAUAAUUUCUUGAGGAUUCUGAAAUUAUCUGUUUCUGAGAUGUACUCCUCAGAUGUGAUCCCACCUACUGAAAUUCUUCUGGUUGCAAUCCGUCCAUUGUACGUUUUCUUGAUCUCCUCAGGUUUGGGGUUGGGCGGGGGUAGGCGAGAGAGCAAUUUAUUUUCUUUCCCAUAUCACCGAUCUAUAAUGCCAAACUCUAUCGACAAAUGCAUCCUGUGACAUGAUCCACGACAACUGAAAUACCAACAGGCUGCAGGAUGUGAGGCCAGCAUGCCAUUGCAUUCUGUUAUGGGAAAUUUUCUCGCUACUCAAGGUUUUGAUUUAAUCUAGGACGGGGUUGGGGCUGCAUGGAGCUCUUCGGUGAUCUACUUCGCAAUGUCCACAUCGAUCACAUUAAAGUGAUUGUCGCUGCGGGCCUCCAAGCGUCGAAUCACAACGGUGCUUGUACAUAAAAGCAAUUCGAGUGGGCAUACGAGAAGACUCCAUGGCCUUGAUGCCUUGGGUCGUUUCAAAUGGUUAAAACACAAUCUCCAGACUUCAGCAACUGCCUGUAUUUGACACGCUCAGGCAAAACCUGGGGAUGUCAAACAGCGUGUUUUCUUUUCUUCAAGCUUGCAGACUCGAUGCCUGCAGAUUUGAGCGUGCGUGCAUUUGACCUCUUUGAUGAGACAAGUCACAUUUGUCAUAUUUAUUCUUUCGCUUCUUCAAUGUGGCCAUCAAUCAGAAGAUGCGGGUUUUUGGCGCUAUCUGAAGAUGACCUUUCAGGACGGCAAGUCCAUCGGGUCGAACUACCACUUUCCCGACAAAGUUCAGACUACGAAUUCAGAAAUAUAGGGGUUGAAAACCUUCGACAUACAUUGUGGAGAGUGUGUUUUCCAUGAACAACCAGAUUCAGGGUAGAAUUCCCACAGGGCCAUAUGAUGACCGAAAGAAUUUUGACAUUUUGUGGAACGACGUGGCUGGUGACAGCAUGGUAUGAGCACCAGCCGAGAUGAAAAG